GCAGUACCCCUCUACCCGGGGAGAGGGUACCACCCUUGCGCCCCGGCAUCGCCCUGCCCCAGGCACAGCGGGAUGCUGGGAUUUCACUGCACACCCCUAGUCUGGGGAGCCUCUGGACUUACUCCCCUCCUCCUCCUGCAGCCAGCACCGCGGCCCCCCGCCGUGCCCCUCACCUGAGCACAGCCCCAGACAUCGGGGCCGCGGGUGCGCAUGCACUUGGGGCACGUGUCCCCCCCCGGGCGCGGCUGCAGGUGACCCGUCACGCCGGGGGGCGCAGGGAUACGCGGAGGAGACGUGACGCGGUCCGCGCCCGCGGUUGCUUUAAGACGGCGCGGCGGAGUCCCGCGCUGCCCGGCAGCGCCGUGGGGACGGUCCCGGGUGCAGCCAUGGAGCCGAGCCGGGAAGGAUAUGCUGUCCUAAAACCAGAUCCUCCAGUUGUAGGUGAGAUCACACAUCACAGCAUUCAAUUAUCUUGGGAUUUAGAAAACAAAACGGAAAGAAAAGGACCUCAAGAGCAAUGGUUAAAGUAUUCAAUUGAAGAAGAAGACCCAAAAGUACAUACCUAUGGUACCAUUUAUAGAGGAUAUGCUAGACAGUUUGUUGUAGAUGGUCUUCAACCAAGAACAGCGUACAGAUUUCGAUUGAAGGUCACUACCCCUGAAGGCCAAAAUGCUUAUAGUCCUGCUGUCUCUGUAUCAACUACUAGAGAGCCAAUGAGCGGAGAGCAACUCCAUCGAGCUGUCAGUAUGAAUGAUGUAGAGGCAGUUCUCAACAUUCUUCAGCGAGGACAUGUGAAGGUAGAUGUUCCUGAUAAGCUAGGCUUUACUGCUCUGAUGGUGGCUUCACAGAAAGGAUAUGAUAGGCUUGUGGAAAUAUUGGUAGAGAAGGGAACAGAUGUGAAUCAGAAGAAUGGAAGUGGAAAAGACAGCCUAAUGUUAGCUUGUUUUGCUGGUCACCUGAAUAUUAUUAAAUAUCUAAAAGUACAAGGUGCUUCUUGGGAAGCCAGAGAUCUAGGAGGUUGCACAGCUUUGCAUUGGGCUGUAGAUGGAGGACAUUGCGAGGUUGUUGAAUGGAUGAUUAACGAUGGCUGUCAGGUAGAUACUAAAGAUACAUGCUUAGAAUGGACACCAUUGAUGAGAGUAUCUGCAGUAACAGGAAAGAAGGAUGUGGCAUCACUUUUAAUCAAAGCGGGAGCAGAUGUAAAUGUGAAAGAUAAAGAUGGCAAGACCCCUUUAAUGGUGGCAGUACUGAAUAACCACGAAGAACUCAUUCAGUUGCUGCUGGAAAGUGGAGCAAAUCCUACUGUUAAAAAUGAGUAUGGCAAGGGUCUUCUGGAAAUGGCAAGAAGUUUCCACAGGCAGGGCUUGGCUGCCUUGUUAGAAGAGAAGAUUAAAAAAAAAAAAGAAGAGUCUGACUCUCAGCUAUCUGAAGUAACUCAGUAAAUGAAAGGGAGUGUUUUUCCACCAUUAAGAUGGAAACUUGAAGACUGGCCUUCAGUUAUGUACUAAACUGUACCUGUUUACUUCCUACUAUUCAGCUGCUGCAGAUUAUUGAGUACUCAUUAAAAUGUGCAGUUCAGCUUCCUGUCAAGAAUAUUGUUGUGUAUCUAACUUUGUUUAAUUAUUCUCCUACAUACAGUGUUUGAUAUAAAACAAAAUAGGCAUAUAUACUUCUAUCAUUGUCUUUGGAUACUUCCAGCCUCUUUCUGAGCCAUGGAUAUACAUUUUUGGUUGUUUAUUUUAAUAUUGUCUCCCUCUUUCUUUUCCCAAGACCUUUUUGAACAUAAUGACUGUCCCUCUAGCAGAGAAUGGUCAGCAACUUCCACUGAUGUGCUUGUCUGUUUGAUCCUUAAAAUAGGCAAGGAGUUCUUGCUCUCUCUCCAAUGGAUGAAUGCAUUGCUUGUACAAUACACAAGCUUUCUGCAACAAGAGGAUUUAGCCCAGUCUUCACUUAUCUUCAUGCUCCCAAAGUGGCACUUAAAAUUGCCAUGCCUCAGCAGUCUUUUGGCAUUCAUGCACAGUUUGGAUUUCAUGUACCUAUGCUUUUCAUGUGCUUUGCAGGUGAGCAUAUUUAAUAAGUUGCAUAACUGUCCAAGGACAAGACAAUCACCCAGGCCUACACUUAAUGCCAUAUAAGUCCUGAGGCUUUAGCUGUAGGCAAAAACAUACCUGGUGAGUCAUGGGAAGGAGAAGGAUGGUUCUCCUGCCUUUUAGGUCACUAGCCUAGUGGCAAAAGCAUUUGCUGAGGGAGCAGGGGACUUGGGUUCUAAGCCCCCCUUCACACAGAGAGGAUUUAAACCCUUAGCUUCUGCUUUUCUGCAAGGUGCUGUAACUACCAGGGCAAAGUUGAGACCUUAGCCAAAGCAUUCUUCAUUCCUUCAGUUGAAGCUGGCCCCUUGCAACUUGCUCUUACACAUCCAUUUUAUUCAAUGAAUAUUAUUUGCCUCAGCUGUCAUAGAUAGAUAAAGAAUAAAUCUUAACUGAUAUCCAAUGCAGUAGCAGACUUUAACCAUCUGAAGGCUCAGCUGUGGCUCCAAGUAGAAUUUCAGUUUUCUAGGUACAUCUAAUUUGGAGAAAAGGAGAUUAAGGGAGGCCAUGAUGGCAAUCUUCUAAUACUUGAAAGACUGCCAUAAAGAAGAGGGAGAACAUCUAUUCUCCUUUGCUGCAGAGGGCGGGCUUGAAGCAAUGGCUUUAAAUAACAGCGAAGUAUAUUUAGAUUAGGUAUCAGGGAAAACUUCCUCAGUGUUAGAACAUUAAGGUAGUGGAACUGACUGUCUAGGGAAGUUUUGAAAACUUCCAAUGAAGGUGAUUUGAAGAGAAGGCUAGGUAAGCAUUUGUUGGGGUGAUGUAGAAAUAACAUUAUUGCAGGUUCCCCUUGUGGUCCCAUCCAACCCUAUGAUUCUUUGAAACAGAACCGGGGGAAUUGCUGCCCUACUGGGGGUAAGUUUCUCACUGAGUCAUGGUCCUCCUGGUCCCCUAGUCAGCUGGCUGGGGCCAGCACUUAGCCCAUAGCCUGGUGGUUAAAGCACUGUUGUUAAGAAGCAGGAUGUAAGUUCAUCCCGUACUCUUAGGAUGGAAAUGGGAGGCAUUUCCAGCUCUGUAGGCAAGUGCCCUAACCACUAGGCUAUUUGGCGAGAAAUUGAAAAUGUUCUCCUCUGUUUUACUUUGUUCAGAGCACAGGCAGGUGUUUUACUUCUGCCAUAAUUGCAAAUGGAAUCCAAACUGCGUAUAAAUGGGACUUUUGUAGCUGUGUACUUUUUAAACACUUAGAUGCAUAAAGGUGAAACAGGACAGCCCUUUAAGUCUUAAAUUCCUGAAUACUGAUUUAGGAGAAUACAUUAGCUUAUUGUAAGGCUAUGCAUGUGUUUGCAAAAAAUACAUUUUGAAAGCUGGAACUUAGGAUGAAAAGUUGAGGUACAACUUCAUUAGUAAUUAUCAUCUGAUGAGGCCUCUUCAUAAGGUCAGUGCAUGACAGUGUCUUUUGUGGGUGGUAGGAGCAGAUUGCCACAAUAGACUUAAAGUCCAAGAAAGCUGUGGCUUUACCCUACAACAGGGCUGUCCAACAGCAUGGGCCACAGAGCAUCUCCCCAAUUUUGCAGGAUGUGCCAGUGACACAACCCCCUUAUGCAGGCCCCACUGCUUGGUUGUGGGAGAAGGGCCUAUGGCCUUCAUUUUAAGUGCUUGUAGACUGCAUGCAGCCUGUGGUGUGCCAGUUGUACAGCCCUGUCUUAGAAUGAAAAGCUAUUAAUAUAGACUUUGACUUAGCCUGGACACUAAAUUAAAAAAAAUAUUACAUUCAGACUAUAGCAGUGGUUCUCAGUGUUUCUAGGCUCAAGGCACCCCUCAGAACAUGUCAGCUCUUUGUUUACACUCAUAUUUUGUCAUGGAAAAAAUAAUAGAGCAAUUUUUCUAUCGCAAAGACCUCAGGAAGACCACAGCAGAUCAGGAGGAUUUUAACAUUAGGAUGAUUUAAACAUUAGGGAUCCUUAAAUGAAAUCUCUGGGUUUAUUUUAUGAAUCAUGUUUGCAAACAUUGGCAUCCUCCAGCAGCCCCAAAAGGAUCCUAUGGCAUCCCAUGGUGCUGUGGCACCCUGGUUGAGAAUUGCUGGACUAGAAAUUGUUAGUUAACCCAGCAAUGGCUAGUUAGAACCACUUUAAAUGAAAUAAUCACAUUUUUUAAAUCCAUUGCAGUUUUAGUAGCAGCCUAGUAUAAAAUGCAUGAGUAAGACGGUGAAUGCCAAUUACUACAGAGAGACAAACAACAGUUUUAUGCAGUGUACCUACAUUGAAUUUACACACUGGGAACACUAUUUAAAAUAUAAUUAUAGUACUCUAAUCUUGAGGGGGGGAGUCAAUAUUAUUGACAUUGACAUUGACAUUUGUCAUAUUUUACAUGGCAAUUUAUAGUUCUUUAGUUUGGAGGCAUUCUGUAUGCUGUAAUUAAAAGGCAGGCUGUUUUCUGUAUCAUACCACAUUGCAGUGUUUUCCUGUUAUUUCAAUGAAACAGUUCAGUGUUCCCAGAUACAAAAACAUAUUUUGAAGUGUCAGGUAUUGUUUAUUUUCCCCUGUUGCUGAUGCUACAUUAAAGAAUAAAAUAUGCUUA